CCUGUUUUUCCUUUCUUUGGUUGUAUUGAAUACAAUCAUCCAUCCAUUAAGUCAACGCUCCGGCCGGAUCACAUGCCCGUCAAUUCAACAGUAAAGCCCAUGCUUCCUAUGCCGUCUCUCCAGAUUCGCGAUAUUCUGAAUAAGGCAGUUCGCAUGAUCGUAUCUGCGCUAUGCGCCGCCAUCCAAUAUCGCAGAGAACGCCACCAACGGCCGAAUACUACGCCUUUCCUCCCCCCCCCCCCUUCGGGUGGGCAAGCCGCAUUGGAACCCUUACUUUCUUUCCCAGACGAUCUACAACCAGGCCCCCGCCACCAUCGGUCAAGCUUCUGCAGCAGGCAGGGUCAAAGCCCUGUUGUUUAACGAAUGGUUGGCGAUCAGGCGUUAAUACGUUAUCAACUCCAGCAGGGGGAAAUCCUCGUCGGAAAGGGGAAGGGGGGAGAAAGGGAGAAAAGGAGGGGAGAAAGGGUCUAGUUGCUAAACAGGCCGAUAGGCCGAUCCUCUCCGGACCCCUGACCGUCUUGACCCUGUGCGCUAGGUAGAAUUUGGAAGGAGUAGCGAUUAAAACCAUCCGUGCUAUGUAUUCGGGGCUGCCCGCAGAGCACCGGUCUUCCGCCCCCCCUGUCAAGUCUUCCGGGUCUUCUUAAACCCUUUCUGGAUUAAAUAACAAAAUUGGGUGGGGAUGUAGUGGAUAAU